AUGAGGAUUGAUCCUAGAUCCAUCGUCAUCAGGAGAAGAAAAAGAGCAAAAGAUGGAAUGGAAGCUGGUGAUAUGAUUCUUCGAGAAAAUACGCCAGCGACAAUAGGAAGAAAACUCCACGUAGCUGACGGAUCUGUCUACGUUAAUGUCGGACUAUCUGUGAGAGGGUCAACCAAACAGUUUGAGAUAAGCGAUGUCGUUGAUGUAGAAACUGAUGCUAAUUGUGGUAAUGUGGUAUUUAUGGCUGAUCAUGGGGAGUCAGAUGAUCAACAUGCAUAUGAGGAUCAGGAUACCGAUGUUGAUGAAGGAGAAGCUGAAGAACAGGAUACCGACGACCAGGAUGAAGUCCAGGAUCGUGAUAUGUAUUACAAUGAUGGGCAACCAGCUUCUUCGUUCAAUCUGCCAGAAGAAGGUGUUGAUGUCGCAGAACUUGAAAGUAUCAUAGAAAGCAUCAGAAGACAGCCUGGAGGAUUUGAAGCAGAAUUUAUCAAACUUCCAAGUGGUUUGACCCAUCCGUACACUGAUUCACAGAUACGAGAUAACAAACUCAAGAACAAAUAUAACAGUUACUACCCAUAUGACAACAAUCGUGUUAAACUACGUGCAUUGUCAAACGUCCCGCAUUCGGACUACAUCAACGCCAGUUACGUGGAUUCACACGAGAAGCAGAAUUAUUUCAUUGCAGCUCAAGCUCCAACUAAGGUGACUUUAACAGAUUUUUGGAGAAUGAUCUGGGAACAGAACUGUGGACAAAUAAUCAUGUUGACAAACCUGGUGGAAGCUGGAAAGAAUAAAUGCAAGCCCUACUGGGAUGAUUCGGGGUCAAUGGAUGUUGGGUAUUUUGACGUGGUGGUCACAGAAAUCACUGACCGAGCUGACUAUACCAUCAGAAAGAUACAGGUUACCCAGAAGAAGUCUAAGAAAUGCAAGGCGUUUGAUCAUUACCACUUCACGUCAUGGCCUGACCACGGAGUUCCCAAAGUGUUGGACUUACUGGAAUUCUUCUGGUUGACAAGAGAGACUCCCCCGUCCCAUCCUGGUCCUGUCCUGGUGCAUUGCAGUGCUGGGAUCGGUAGAACUGGGACAUACAUCGCUCUACAUUAUCCUGACAGACGAGAUUAA